AUUAACGAAGCAGUGUAACAUGGUCCAAGAGGUACGACACCAAACAACCAAACCAGAAGACCAUGUUUAUCUACCAAACUAUCUUUGGAUUCAUCAAGCUCAAGGUAAACUCAAGGUUUUGAGAUCCGAGUGAUGAAAAUUGGAUAUUUUUUAGCUGUAGCACAAUUUUUUUCAGUGUGAAGCAAUAUGGGAAACACAUGUACUGGUCCUAGCAUUUCAAAAAAUGGUUUGUUUCAAUCGGUUUCAGCAGCAAUUUGGCGGUCUCAAUUGCCUGAUGAAUCAGUGUCCAAUAGAGAAUCUGUAAAAGAGGAAGCAACUAGUGUGCCCGAAACGCCUUUGCCUGUCCAAAAUAAACCUCCUGAGCAGAUAACUAUGCCGAAACCUGAAGCCAAACAAGAGGCAAAAUCAGAAAUAGAACCAGCACAAGAACAAGGGAAGAAGAGGCACAAGAAACAUGGUUCUGUGAGGAGAGUUUCUAGUGCAGGGCUUCGAGUUGAUUCUGUGUUGCAGAGAGAGACUGAUAAUUUCAAGGAGUUCUUCACUCUUGGAAGAAAACUUGGACAGGGUCAGUUUGGGACAACUUUCUUGUGUAUGGAGAAGGCAACAGGAUAUGAGUAUGCCUGUAAAUCUAUUGCAAAGAGGAAGCUUGUCACAGAUGAUGAUGUUGAAGAUGUGAGAAGAGAAAUUCAGAUAAUGCACCACUUGGCUGGUCAUCCUAAUGUUAUAUCCAUCAAAGGUGCAUAUGAGGAUGCUGUAGCUGUUCAUGUUGUGAUGGAAUUGUGUGCAGGUGGAGAGCUUUUUGAUAGGAUUAUACAGCGUGGUCAUUAUACUGAAAGACAGGCAGCUGAACUUACCAGAACUAUAGUUGGAGUUGUGGAAGCUUGCCAUUCUCUUGGUGUCAUGCACAGAGACCUUAAACCUGAGAAUUUUCUCUUUGUCAAUCAGCAAGAAGAUUCACUUCUAAAAACUAUUGACUUUGGAUUGUCUGUCUUCUUUAAGCCAGGUGAUAUCUUUUCUGAUGUGGUGGGCAGCCCCUACUAUGUUGCCCCUGAAGUUUUGCGAAAACGAUAUGGUCCUGAGGCAGAUGUGUGGAGUGCUGGUGUUAUCCUUUACAUUCUUUUGAGUGGAGUACCUCCGUUUUGGGCUGAAAACGAACAGGGAAUAUUUGAACAGGUUCUGAGUGGUGAUCUUGAUUUUUCUUCUGAUCCCUGGCCUAACAUUUCUGAAAGUGCAAAAGAUUUAGUACGAAAAAUGCUUGCUCGUGACCCUAGAAGGAGGUUGACAGCGCAUCAAGUAUUAUGUCAUCCUUGGAUUCAAGUUGAUGGUGUAGCUCCUGAUAAGCCACUUGAUUCUGCUGUAUUAAGUCGCUUGAAGCAAUUUUCUGCUAUGAACAAGCUCAAGAAAAUGGCUCUUAUAAUUAUUGCUGAGAGCUUAUCAGAAGAAGAAAUUGCUGGCUUAAAAGAGAUGUUCAAGAUGAUCGAUGCAGACAACAGUGGUCAAAUCACUUUUGAAGAACUUAAAGCUGGUUUGAAAAGAGUGGGUGCUAAUCUUAAUGAGUCUGAAAUAUAUGAUUUAAUGCAAGCGGCUGAUAUUGAUAACAGUGGGACAAUUGAUUAUGGCGAAUUCCUUGCUGCAACAUUACAUCGCAACAAAAUUGAAAGAGAAGAUAAUCUCUUUGCAGCCUUUUCUUACUUUGAUAAAGAUGGAAGUGGCUAUAUUACUCAGGAAGAACUUCAACAGGCUUGUGAUGAGUUCGGCAUAAAAGAUGUUCGUUUGGAAGAGAUAAUCAAGGAAAUUGAUGAAGAUAAUGAUGGACGCAUAGAUUACAAUGAGUUUGUGGCUAUGAUGCAAAAAGGAAAUCUUCCAACAAUUGGUAAGAAGGGCCUAGAAAAUAGCUUCAGCAUUAAGUUCAGGGACGCCUUAAAAUUGUAGUGAUCAUUGUCAACAUUGAGAUUUUAUUUUUUGUUUUUUUGUAUUCCUUAUUUCACACACCCCUACUUUGUUCUUUAAAGGUUCAAGAUUUUAUGUUAUGCUCUUUAAAUGGAUUUUUGUAAUUACGUGAAUAUAUAUCAAAGAGGUAUCUGGCGGAAUA